AUGGCUACUCCAAAGCCGGCAGCCCCACCUGCUCCAAAACCUCUGGUGCCGGAGACUUGGUUCGAUGUCGCAUCCCAACGAUCGUAUAUAAUAGGCGUAGGGGUUGUCCUACAGGGCAUCAAGCUGUAUGAAGUGUUACGACAUUAUAUCCCCCAACUACAAGGCUCAUCAUUAUCAUGGUUGCUCUAUAAAUGGAGCUUCGUGGACAUCGCAUACAUACUAUCAGUGCCUCUGCUUCGAAUACCAUGGCUGACAGUACCGCCCUACGUACGCAUACGGCUGAUACUGGUGGCCGUGCUCUUCAAUUGGCUCCUAAUGGGUAACUGCAAGAUUCCCACCUCUCUUCUGAUACCUACCUCGGUUCGAUCCAUGUUUGAUUAUCAAAUGUCGAUCUCCGAGCAUCGUGUACGGGUCCAGGAUGUUGUACAGCCUGGCCAACAUCUUUCCGGACAGCAUACUGUUCGGUUGUCCCCAGUCAGUACCGCUGAACUUAACCCACAAGGACUUCGAUUCUGCUUCGCACCCAGCCAGAGGCACAUCAGUGUGCCGGUGCUCGUGAACAAUACCAUCCCUCACAACAUCAAAUUCAGCAUUGAAUCCUUGGAAGAUGCGUCUGAUAUCCGAUAUGUAACUGUUGACCGGCAUGGGCUGGGCAAUCUUGCGCUCGUACAGCGAUAUCCGUCCGGCAUGCCAGAGGAAGAGUUUGGACCAGAGCCACCAAAGUGCAAGGCGCUGGAAGCGAACACCGAAGGUCAGAACCCGCUACAGUUGGAGGAUACGAAGGGUUUGGUGUAUAUCCGAGUGGACCGUCCCGGUGUGGUUCGCUUAGAGAGUAUCCUUGACUCUACCGAUGAAGAAAUCCGCAUCACUCGUGGAGGAUCUGUCACGAUACCCCAAUGCCCGAGUGUGAGUUUCCUGGUUGAUUCCCGCGAACCGCAUGCAAUUCCGAGAUGUCAAGGGGAGACAUUUGAAGGGACAUUGAUGGUGAAAGGAGUGCCACCCCUCGCUGUGCAGUACUGGAGAGAGUUUGAUGGGAAGCGAGAGGAUCUGUAUGCAAACGGAAUUGACGACGACACAAAGACAUCUCGAGGCGUGCAGACUAUUCAAGUCCCUGUCCCGCUCGACCUGCCUCGCCCUGGCUUCUAUUCAUACGGCUUGACCUCCGUCACAGAUUCCUUAGGCAACACUAUCACUGCUGCAAAUCUUCCGAGUGGGACCUUGGAUAGUUUCACUGUCAAUGUGCUCUCUCAACCAAUGGCGGAAUGGAUGGGUUGCUCCGUGGAUCGGCCCAAAAGCAUGGCCAAGGGAGAGGAGAUGCGUCUGUUCUUGCGUGUCAGCAACGGGAAUGUCUCCGAUGCUCCAUGGGAUGUGCAGGUUCAGCACACGGCACCGGACGGCACCGUUUCGGAGCGGAUACAUCAUGUGACAGCACACGACUUGCGCUACCAAACCCUCGAAUACGCACUGCCAGGGGAUUACACUAUCCUAAGUGUUAAAGGGAAGUUGUGCGAUGGUGUCGUGAAGGGGCCAGAAGUCUGCCGUAUCCUUGUCUGGCCAGAACCGAGUAUGACUGUGAAGUUCGAGCCCAUCGUGGAUAGGAACUGUAAUGUCGAAACGGGUUUCAUGGCACACGUCGUGUUCCAAGGCACUCCUCCGUUCUCCUUGUCAUAUGUUGUGAAGAAAGAUGGGCGCGUCGUCGAUACGAGACAAAUCCCCAACAUCCAGAGCACGCAGUACGAUCUCGAGCUCCAGCCUAGUCAAGGCCCAGGAAGCUACCAGUACAGUCUGACCGAGUUCGGCGACAACCAUUACAAGAAACAACAGCCGUCUCACCAGACUGGAACUGUGGAGCAGAUCGUGCACACGAUCGCUGAUGCUCAGUUGGUAACCCCGCCACAGCCUAUCAAGCUCUGGUCCUGCUCUGGAAAGACUGUGAAUGUUGAUCUCAAGCUGCAAGGCGUUGCCCCAUGGAAUGUGGAGCUACAAAUAUCCAGCCCACGCGAGACGAACCCGCUGCGUAUUAGUGGGAUCACAUCAAAGGAACACACCGUCAGCGUGGCGCUGCCUUCUGAUAUUGAUGAAUACGGUGGGCACUUCGAAAUCGCGCUUGUGAAUAUUGAGGACCAGAAGCAAUGUAAACGCGCUCUUAAUCGACCCCGUAUUGGAGUGGAUGUCUCUCGUAACAAGGCCACAGCGAGGUUUACCGGAGUCGCAGCUGGAACGCGUGACAUCCAGAUCAUUCAAGGCGAUUCAACCAAGCUACCUCUUCGUGUUACGGGCGAUGGGCCGAUCAGAGUACGAUGGGAGAACGUAAACGAGGGCAUCUCCCAGUGGACGUCAGUCAAGGGUCAGAACGAGGAUUUGGAUGUUCGACAUGCAGGACAGUAUCGCCUUCUCGAGGUCAUUGACGCACAUGGGUGCCCCGGGUACUGUGAUGAGCAGGUUUCGACCUCCAUUACUUUCAUUAAUCGCCCGACUGCCCGCUGGCCCACGUCGGCCGGCGAGCUCGAUAAAUAUGGAAAUAUUGUCCGAAAGCCCAUCUGCGAGGGUAUUCCCGACCACAUUGAGUUAGAACUUAGUGGUUCUCCCCUCUUCACCGUCAGCUACAAACACGAAAUUGAAGGCAACCCUUCCGAGCUGCCACCUGUAGAAGUGUCAAGUCCCCUGAAGUCUGCCAGGAUAGAUCUUGCCUCUUAUCCGUCAGGCAAACACAUUUAUACUGUCGAAGGACUGAAAGACACAAAUUAUGGAGUGAGGUUAUCUGAUCUGCCUAAACUCCACCAGCAAGUGCUGGCGAAGCCAUCUGCUUUCUUCAAGUCUGAUACGAGGCUGCCGUUCUGCCUGCACGAUUCCUUUGUUCGUCGCAAUGGGUAUCCGAAUGCGGAGAUCCUCCUCAAGGGUCAAGCUCCUUUCGAUGUAAAACUAUCAAUUCGCAACUCGGAUUCGAGUUCUCGCAAGGUCAAAGUCAUUCACGUGGAAUCCAACGAAUGGGACGUUGAAUUUCCCGAUUACGUGUUUGACAAGAUCGGGCCCCACCAGGUACGGAUAGAGUCUGUCACGGAUGCCAGUGGGUGCCCUGAAGCACGUUCACCCCAUGAUCUUUCCACUCUGUUCAUUGAUGUUGCCGAAACGGCUGCCAUCUUGCCGAUGGAGACGCGGUCUGACUACUGCGUUGGGGAUACUGUCCAGUAUCAGCUCGAAGGCACCUCACCGUGGAUCGUCACUUACGACUUCAACGGGCGGGAGAGCCGACCGACUUCAAAGACUGCUAAGUUCAGUCGCCUCGCAGAGAAGCCAGGUAUCUUCACCGUCACGUCCAUAUCACAUCAGAACAACCUUUGCGUGACGAACGUGGACAACGUCAAGGCCAUCAUUUACGAUCUCCCCUCCGCUGCUGUGGCUCCUGGUCGGUCAGCGGUAGAAAGCAUCCGAGAAGGAGACCAGGCGCAAAUUGAGUUUUCGUUUACUGGGGAACCACCGUUUACGUUCACAUACCAACGAUCGGAGAUCAGCAAAAAGGGCAAGAACGCUAAAGUGCUAGAGACGCAUACAAUUACUGGUCACAAGGAAAAGACAUACCGGUUCUCGUCUGCUUUGGAAGGAACUUGGACGGUCACGUUUAUUGCAGACAAGUACUGUCGAUACCCACCCAUUCCUCCAGCAACGGUCGAGGUCACUACCGAGACGAUCUAA